GUCUCCGGGAUGCAGUCGUAGUUUGAGGCCGGGCCGGACAUGAUUUUAAUCUCAGGGGCUGCUGCUGUAGAGGAUGCGGGAUGAUGAGCGCCGCACCCCGAGAGAUGCUGAUAAGGAUAAUACAGCUCGGUCCUUUAUUUCCCCAGAGCGAAGCCGGAUUUUAGCUGGACUGUGGUGCACUCUGUGAACAUCCUGUUUGUUGUGGUUGUUUUUAUUUUAUUUAUUUAUUUUCAUUAUUAUUCCUGUCCGGGACUGCGCUGGAGAUCUGAUGCUGGAGGAUUGGGCUGUUUUGUCUGAAGAGAUCAACUGAACGCUGUUGCUCUCACAGAACCAGGACUGAGCUCCUCACCUGGUCCUUUCAACACACAAUAAUAACCUAUCAGGAUGGCUGAGAAAACACUGGAACCUGGCUCGGUCAGCAUUCCAAUGGAGGAGACCAAGCUGCCCGGAGGGGCCCCGCAGGAGGCGCCGCUGCUCACCCACCUGAAGAAAGUGGAGAACCACAUCACAGAGGCGCAGCGUUUCUGCCACCUCCCGCGGCGCUCCGCUGUAGACCUGGAGUUCAACGAGCUGUCCUACACCAUCCGGGAGGGCCCCUGGUGGAGGAGAAGAGGCUACAAAGCUCUCCUCAAGUGUCUGUCGGGAAGAUUCUGCAGCAGAGAACUGAUUGGUAUCAUGGGACCCUCUGGGGCUGGGAAAUCCACUUUGAUGAAUAUUCUGGCGGGUUACAGGGAAACUGGCAUGAAGGGGACCAUCCUGGUGAACGGUCGGCCGAGGGAUCUGAGGACCUUCAGGAAGAUGUCCUGCUACAUCAUGCAGGACGACAUGCUCCUGCCGAACCUCACUGCGAGGGAGGCCAUGAUGGUUUCUGCCCAUCUGAAGCUGAAUGAGUCUGUGCAGGUCAAAAAAGAACUUGUGGAUGAGAUCCUGACAGCUCUGGGUCUCCAGGAAUGUGCUCAGACACGCACCCUCUCACUCUCUGGGGGUCAGUGUAAACGCCUGGCCAUUGCUUUAGAACUGGUCAACAAUCCACCGGUCAUGUUUUUUGAUGAGCCCACAAGUGGUCUGGACAGUGCGUCGUGCUUCCAGGUUGUUUCACUCAUGAAGUCUCUGGCUCAGGGAGGACGGACAAUCAUGUGCACCAUUCAUCAGCCCAGUGCCAAGCUCUUUGAGAUGUUUGAUAAGCUCUACAUCCUUAGUCAGGGUCAGUGCAUUUACAAGGGGACAGUCCCUUAUCUCAUCCCUUACCUGAAGAACCUGGGCCUUCACUGUCCAACAUAUCACAAUCCUGCUGAUUUCAUCAUUGAGGUAGCAUCGGGAGAGUAUGGAGACCUGAACCCAGUGCUGUUCGAGGCGGUCCAGGGUGGACUCUGUUCAGAGGAGGGCAAGAAGAACUCCAGAGACAAAAGCGAUGCUUCCUGUCCUUCUCAAUGUUACAGUGACACAGGAACCCUGGAGAAGUCCAGCUUCCCCACAAGCACAUUCACACAGUUCUGCAUCCUCUUCAAAAGAACCUUCAUCACAAUAUGCAGGGACACGGUGCUGACCCACCUCAGAGUGAUGUCCCAUCUGUGUAUUGGGGUGCUGAUUGGCCUGCUUUAUCUUAAUAUUGGAAAUGAUGCCAGCAAAGUCUUCAACAACACAGGCUUCCUCUUCUUCUCCAUGCUGUUCCUCAUGUUCGCUGCCCUGAUGCCCACAGUGCUAACCUUUCCUCUGGAGAUGUCUGUCUUUAUGAGGGAGCAUCUCAACUACUGGUACAGCCUUAAGGCGUACUUCCUGGCCAAAACCAUGGCUGACAUACCGUUCCAGGUGAUUUGUCCCAUAAUGUACUGUAGUAUAGUGUAUUGGAUGACUGAACAGCCUGCAGAGGUGGGUCGCUAUCUCCUCUUCAUGGCCUUGUCAACAUCCACAGCCCUGGUAGCCCAGUCCCUGGGACUGCUAAUUGGUGCUGCAUCCACAUCCUUGCAGGUAGCAACGUUUGUUGGUCCAGUUACAGCCAUUCCCGUCCUCCUCUUUUCUGGAUUUUUUGUCAAUUUUGACACAAUUCCUAAAUACCUUCAGUGGAGUUCUUAUGUCUCCUACGUCAGAUAUGGCUUUGAGGGGGUGAUACUCUCCAUCUAUGGGAUGAACCGGUCAGAACUUGAGUGUCCGGAAGUGAUGUGUAAAUUUCAAAAGCCAGAGGAGGUUCUGCAGCUGCUGGAUGUAGAGGACGCAAAGCUUUAUGUUGACUUUAUGGUGCUGGGUGCGUUUUUCCUGAUUCUUAGACUGGCCACCUACCUGGCUCUGCGCUACAGAGUCAAGUCAGAGCGUUAAGAUGUCACAAUGUUCUUACAUAUCCCAGCCGUGUGAUGAAACAUAUUGUCCUCCUUUCUCUUACUUAACUUCACCUUC